AGAGGAGGCUGCUUCCCUCACCUGGAAGGCAGAUUGCCCCUAUUAUGCUAAGGCAGAACUCCUUGCUGAUUAUUUGCAGAAAAACCUGCCUCACUUCAGGAUACACAAGAUUACUCAGCAUCCAGACAACUGGGAGAAGUGGCUGCAGGAGAUCUGUGAACAGAAUGGAUGGAAACAUAAGCGCUCUCCAAUUAUUUGGAGGGAAUUGUUGGAUCGUGGAGGAAAGGGACUUCUUCUGGGAGGAUUCAAUGAAUUCCUUGAACACGCCCAGCAAUACUAUAACAUCACAUCCGACAUGAUGACUGAAGAGAUGCUCGCAAUAGCCAAGGAGAACUUGCAGACUCACAAAGUGGUUGACCAAGAGGAGGAAGAACUUAAAAGCCUUAUCAAUCCAUUGCACAUUUGGAUAAACAGAGCAUCAGCUGGUAUCUGCUAUCAUCUGAUCCCUUUGUUACUCAAUGGGGAAAUAUUUGGAAUGGAAACUGAGAUCAGCCUCCACUUGCUUGACAGAAAGGGCUGCGAAGAACUUCUUGAAGCUACCGUUAUGGAAACUCAGGACUUGGCGUCCCCUGUCCUUCGUGGUAUCACUAUGUACACUGAACUGGACGACCAGACUUUUCUCGAUGCUGAAGUCAUCAUUUUGCUUGAUGACGUCCUUCAAGAGGCAAUCCCGUCUUUUGAAGAAUGCAUCCAGCAAGUUAUCAAUCAAUGCGAAAUGUAUGGUCCUCUGAUAGAGAAGAAUGCUAGAAGUAACGUCAGAGUUGUUGUGAUGGGGAAAACCUUUGUCAACCUUAAGACAUGGAUGCUUAUUACACAUGCUCCAUCCAUCAACCCUCAGAAUAUUGUCACUGUAUCCCUGCUCUUGGAAAAUGAAGCCAAGGCCAUGCUGGCAAGAAAAAUGGGAAUGCAUCCAUCAGGAAUAAAAAAUCUCAUAGUCUGGGGUAAUAUCAGUGGGAACAGCUUCAUCGAUCUGAGUAAAACACAGCUCUAUAGAUAUGACAGCGCCAUCUGGGGCCCACCAGACUUUUUCCGUGAAUUGAUGGAUGUCCUGUUUGAUCGUGAAUGGAUACGAGCAGAGUUUCUGACUGCGAUGAGUUUGUUGAGUUCCUGGGAAAUUCAUUGCGUAGGCAUUGCGCCAGCACAUGCCAUUUUCACUGUGCUGAAGUACUGGUACCUGGACUCCCCUCCAGGAGAACUGGUCUCUCUGGGAGUACUCAGUGAAGGUCAGUUUGGGAUUCCUGAGGGAAUUGUCUACUCCAUGCCUGUAACUUUCCAGAAUGGCAGCUGGAAGGUCUCUACAGAUCUACAAAUUAGUGAGAAAAACCAAGAAUAUCUUCAGAAUCUAACCUAUGAUCUGAUUCGGGAAAAGCAAGUUGCAUUAGGUGAAGUAGAAGAAUUGUAUCCAGAGAGAAAAGUCAGCCCUGUGCCACAUUUAGCAGAGGAAGAUGAAAGCCUCCAAGCUGAGGAGGAGGGUAACUCAACAAAAUAUUUUAAAUAUAUUAUUUUAUUGGGGGGAAAUUGAGGGCACAUUUGUUUACCCAGGUUUUGGGCAGGUAAAGAUAUUUUUAUGUUUAAAGCAGUGAUGGUUUUGAGAAUGCUUGUAAUUAUUGGAGACUUUGCUU